AUGCCAGAGGUGCGCCCUGAAGCGCCUGCCGCAGCCACCGCCUCGCCCGAGCCCACUACCACAAGCAAUAGCAGUAGUAGUACUAGUAGUACUACUACUGCUACUGCUACUGCCACAAGCACAAGUGAUGGCAGCAGUUGCUCCAGUACGGGCUGCAGCAGCGCGGACCACGACUACGCGAGUGCGUACAGCAAGAAGCUCAUGGAUAUGCCGCGUCGGUCGUUGCGCGCCGACUCGCUCGGCGUCGACCGCAGCUCGCGACCGCACUUUAAAGAAGGCAUUCGGCUGGCCGAGACGGGUCGCUGGACGUCGCUGCUCGAGCGCGUGACGGCCGACCCGCAGCUGGCGCGACACAAGGACCACCAUGGGAUGCUGCCGCUGCACUGGGCCUGUACGGAAGACGACACGCCGACCAAAGCCGUGCAGACGCUGCUCGCGGCGUUCCCCGAGGCUGUGAUAACGAAGAACAAUGCACAGUACCUGCCGAUCCAUAUUGCAGUGAAGGCGCGCGCGCCACUCGAAACACUGCGGCUGCUGGUGCAGGCACGGCCGAGUUCGUUGAUGAUGGAGACGCCGGCUGGCAAGACAGUGAUUCAGCUCGCUAGGGAGAUGCAGUUGCCGCAGAAAGACUUGGCGAUGCUCGAGCGCGCAGAGCAGGACUACUUGGACCUCAGUGAAGACGACGACGAAGCGUUCGACUAUGAAAACGUCAAGCGCGACAUUGAAAUGCAGAGCCAGAUGCUGCGCGAGAGCAUGCUGCAUCCGCCGUCGAUGAACAGCCCGAACGCGUCGUUGCUGCAGUCGAAUCCCAUUGGCGCUUCGUUUGAUCUCAGUGCCAUGCAAAACCCGUUUGAGAACAGUCAAAACAUGGUCACGACCCUGAGCUUUGUGGACGGGGCACUCGUGCAGUCGCAGCGGAAUGCGCCACGGCCGUCGACACUUCCUCGAAAAGCUAGAGCUUCUCCCGAGGCAUUGGGACCCGAGAACGCGCUGGCUACAACUCUGACUGCGCAGCCAACGCAGACUGAAGACGUGCCUGCACAGGUUCUUGUGCGGUCGGUCAGUGCGCGUGAAGUCCCACACGCGCCGGUCUGUGCGGCUGUCGACAACACUCGACCAAUUUAUGAGCCUUGCCACAACGCUGGUGUAUGCGGCGUGUGCUACAAAAAGUUCUCCAUGUUCCGCAAGAAGUACCAGUGCAAGGGAUGCUUCAUCUACCUGUGCAAAAAGCACGUGGCGGGCAAAGUCAUGCUGCCCGAGCACGCGAAAAAGCGCUCGGUAUGCGGUGACUGCUAUCGCAUCCAUCGAAAUGGACCGGCAAUCGCUCAAUCGACUGGUGGUGCUCGAGCAGCACGCGCGUCCGGCAGUCAUGUUUCCAGCUCGGGUCCGUUACCGGACCGAAAAGAUCCGAAUCUGCGCAUCGAUACUGCGUCUGCCCCUUCGACGAAUCCGGAAGCAAUGGAUACGAUCAGCAACAACAGUUUGCUGUGCAACAACUUCCGGCCGAGCAAUUUGCUUGGCUCUCGACUGAACAGUACCCGCACAACACGUGCUGAGUCUACCCAGUCAAUGAUGGGUCGUCCCUCGAAUGUUCCUGGUCCGCAGAUGAACUUGCGGUACAGCACUACUACGGUUGGCGCACGGCCCAACUGGACACCGGGCUCUAGUCGCUCGCACGGCACGAACACUUCCGUAAGUGACACGACAGUGAGUCUUACAGACAGCGACCACCCGGCUGCGGAUGUCGGUGCGCUACAGCACCGAGUGGGUACGUUGGAAGAGUGCAACAAGAUCCUCAUGACCCGUGUGGCCGACCAAGAGAGGCAGUACAACGAGGCCAUGUUGCUGCUAACGACGACGAUGACCCGCGUAGCCGAGAUGGAGAUUCGUUUGCCAACAGAGCGAAGCAAGUCGUAUCGAGGAACGGGUGGUUCCACGACUGCCUCGGAGAGAGCAUCCGAGCUGGACUGCAACGACAAGUUUUCGUUCCCGACGCCGUUCGUGGAGAAGUAUGAUUGA